AAAUAAAGUUGAGCGGAAUGUUCGUUAUGGGUGGUUACUUUCCGACUGACUGAGGUUGUUCGUUUCUUUCAAACAAGUUAUUGGAUUUCAUUUGUUUGCUAAACGUCUAUCAGUAACAUCGACAUUCUUGCUUCAUAUUUGCGAAUGUCUCUAAAUUUCCCGAUUGAAAAUCUCUUUGAAUGGUUGAGAACUUUUAACAUAGCAACAAAUGUUUAUUCUAUACAUAAUGUUACGGAUGGGAUUGUAUUAGGUAAAGUUUUGCAUACCAUUGCUCCAAAUCAUUUCACUGAUGAAUGGUUGCAAAAAUUAAAUUAUGAUGCUGAAAUCAAUUGGAGGCUGAAGGUCAGUAAUCUUAAGAAGAUAUUGAAAGCUGUUAUUGAAUUUCUAAAUGAGGGAAUUGAAGAUAGAAUAUCUGUUCAAUGCCUUCCAAAUCUACAAGAAAUUGCUGAACAUGAAAAUGAAGAGUCGACAUUUCGUUUAUUACAACUAAUACUUGCAUGCGCUGUAAAUUGUGAUAAUAAACAAACUUAUAUUCAAACAAUUAUGGGGAUGGAAGAAACUGUGCAACAAGCUAUAAUGGAAGCGAUUCAACAAACUCCAAUAAUAUCGCGUAUAUUCUAUUCAUGGACGAUUGAGGAUCCCUCAUUCGAUUGGAAAAACGUGGAAAUCUUGGACAGAGAAAACUCCAAAAACACCAGAGAAUUUUUAGGAGCCUGGAACCCAGGUCAAUCAGCAAUCAACAAACACCCGUUAAUGUCAACUCGUUUAAAUAUGAAUGAUACUAUGGAUUAUGAAGAUCGUUUAUGUAAGACAGUGGAACAAUGCAAAGCAUUAUUAAUAGAAAAAGAGAAAUUGGCUGAACAGUGUAAAAAUCUUCAGCAAGAAGUAUUAAAUUUACAAGACGAAAAGUCCCAUCAACAAUCUGAAUUGAAUCGUUUUAAAACUUAUUUCAAUUCAUUGGGUUUAAAUCCAGCGAUAUUGGCAACAACAUCAAUUAAUUCUCAAUCAUCUCCAACAUCUUCAGUAGUUACAGCUACAACAGGAGUUGAAUCAAUUGAAAGUGACUUAAAUUCAAUCAAUACAGAAUUGUUAAAUCAAUCUGCUAGUUCCAUAUCAGCAAUUACUUGUAGUAAUAAUGUUCUAAUGAGUCCAACUAUAGCUAAUUUACGCAUAAAUCAUUUACAAAAUCAAUUAAGUAAAUUACGUGAUGAAUUGUAUAGAACUGAGUGUGAUAAAGAAGAACUAAAAAUUCAAUUAACCGAAAUCACUGCACAAAAUCUUGAAUUAAAACAAAAAUGUACCAUUUUAACGGCAAAAGCAGAAGAAAGUAUUCAUUUAAAAGAUGAAUUAGAUAUUGCUCGUGAAGAAGCAUCUAAUAUAUUACGUUUAUCUACAACUAUUGAACAAUUACGUAAACAUGCUGAUGAAGUAGUUAGUUUACGUUUACGUUGUUCACAAUUAGAAAAUGAUAAUCAAAUUUGUGUACAACGUUUAACUGAAUUAGAACAAGAAACACGUUUAGAUGGGAAUAUACGAUCAAAAGUAAAAGCUCAAGCACGUUUACAAAUAGAAGAUGCACAAUUCUUAGCAAAUGAAGCAAUAAAACGUGCUGAAUUAGCUGAACAAAAUUUAUUAAAAAUUCGACAAGAAUUAAUUAAUGUAAAUCGUGAAAAAGAGUGUAUCUUCUCUGAACUUACUCGUCUUAAAUCUUGUUGUGAAGGUCUUCAAUCAUGUGCACAAGCAUCAAAUUAUGAUACACCAGCAAUGGAAUCACAAAUGUUAAAUUUACAAGAAGAACUAUGUCGUUUACGUACAUCAAUGUAUGUUAAUGAUGUGAAUGGUGGUAACAGUAUGAACGAAGUUGGCAACAAUACUACUACUACUACUACUAUUAUGACCAGUAUAUUAGACAAUGAUACUGGUUUUGUUGAUGAUAAUGAUGUUCAUCAUUUCAAUAUGUCUUUAACAUCACAAAACAAACUGAAUACUAAUGAUAAUGAUUGUCAUUCAUUCACUGUCAAUGAGAAUGAUUCUUCCAGUACACAUAAUUUACAAACAUCAUCUACAAAUUCUUAUCAUAUUCAUAUUGAUAAAGAUAUGAAUAAUCCACCUGCCGUCACUACAUUGUUAUAUACAAAUUUAAUGACAAAAUUAACUCAAAAAGAAACAGAUUUCAUUGAAAUGGAACAAAAAUAUCGUGGUUAUUUAUGGAAAGCACGUGAAGUGAUACGAUUGUUAGAACGUCAAUAUCGGCAACAUCAACAUAAUUGUCCACAAUAUAAAGAGAAAAUAAUCAUUGAUAUAAACAAUACUAAUAGUACUGAUACUAACAACAAUAGUAUAAAUUGUGAUAAAUUAAAUGAAGAAAUUAAUUAUUUACGUAGGUUAUUAGUUGAAAAAGAACGUGUUAUUGAGAAAUUAGAGACUCAUCAUGAACAAAUGAGACGUCAUCAUGAAGCUGAAGAACGUAUUCUUUUAACUGCAUGGUAUAAUUUAGUAAUUAAAUCAACUAAAAACUUAAUUGAAUCCGAUCUAAAACAAAAUUGUCAUAAUUCUUCUCCUGAAAAACUCAAUCAUUUUCUAUCAUGUUGUAAUACAGAAACUAAUUUAUCAUUUUUAACUCGACAACGUAAUGUUCAUUUGAAACCCCCAACUGAUUUAACUUCAUUAGUGAUGGCAACAAAACAGUAAUUGGUUGUUGUUGUUGUUGCUGUUGUGUUUUUUUUUUUGUGUUUUGUACCCAUAUAUACCUUCAUUUCUCAUUGGUCCACAUUAUAUUUUCUCUUAUUCUUUGAGCAUUUCACUAGGAUUGAUGAUCAUUGAAUUCUAUUUUUUUCAGGAUUACAAUCAAGUUUGUUUUCCGCAUUUCAAUUCUUAAGUAACCUCUUCCUACUUUCAAUGCAGCUAUUCUACAAAUUCAUCAAAUAUAUUUUAUAUCAUGAUUAUUUCAUACUUACCCUUUGAAAUUUGAUCUGAUUGAUUGUUCUUGAAAUGAUCUUUAAAUGCAAAAAGUGAUGAUCCCAAUCAUUGUCAGUUCAAUUACUCAUUAUUGAUUGAGUAAUUUGAUUUGGAGUUUCAUAUUGAUUCUAAAUUGUUUCUCACUUCAUAUUUACAUGAAUCGUUGUACAUAUGAAGCAUUGGAUAAUUCAAUAAUAUUUCCUUUUCUUUUCCAUUUGAACGACUGUUUUUGUUGUUGCUAAUUUUACUGUUACAUUUCCUGUUUAAUUCAUUUUUUUGUAAUUACUCAUUUAUAAUAUAUACUUACUUACUUCCUU